AUGACGUGUCCAUUUCGCCGCGCCUCCUCACAGCAUCAGUUCGCUAACGGUGCCGGCUCAGCGGGCAAAAAACCGGAGUUCCGGUCGAGACAGUCCUCUGUCCACCUUCCUGGGCCUGAUGAGGAGAAUGGCGAGAAGAAUACAUUGACCCUUAAGAAUCUGAGUGAGGCGUUACAGUUACUUACUGCACCAUCGAAUGAAUGCCUACACUCAGCAGUGACGUCACUAACGAAGAACCAAGCAGAACAUUACGACAAAUACAAUUGUCUCCGAAGACUACCAGAUGAUGUAAGGAAAUGUAGAAAUUAUGCGUACUUGCAAGAAAUAUACGACGCGGUAAGAGCGACUGAUAGUGUAAACACAAAGGAUUUUAUGGCAAAAUUAGGAGAAUAUUUAAUAUUAACAGCAUUCUCGCAUAAUUGUCGACUGGAGAGGGCGUUUAAAUGUUUAGGCACUAAUUUGACUGAAUUUUUGACAACACUUGAUAGUGUACAUGACGUGUUACAUGACCAAGACGACGCCCUAAAAGACGAGGCGACGGAGUACGAAGCUGCCUUUGUUUGUACUACCUCCCAAGAAGGCAAGAUUGAGUUACACCUGACGACAGAGAGCGAACCAGUGGCAUAUUUACUAGUGGGCAGCUUGAAGGCCAUCGCCAGAAGAUUGUACGACACACAGACAAAUAUAAGACUGACGAGUUAUACUAACGAUCCUAGGAGAUUUAGAUACGAAAUCAAUGCAAAUCCACUCCGCCAGAAGUCAAGAGAUGACAACUGUGAACAGAAUGAAUCUGUCUCUAUAGCAUCCUCUAGCAACGUGGCUGACUUGAAAAUCGGUGUGGCUGGCUUCUGUAAAGCAUUCCCAUGGCACUUUGUUACGGAUAAACGACUCGAGUUGGUGCAGUUGGGUGGUGGUUUUAUGCGCCUAUUCGGGACAUUUCUAGCAACACAUGGAUCGUCACUCGGCACUUACUUCAGACUACUACGCCCCAGAGGCGUGCCACUUAACUUUCGUGAUAUUAUGAAGCGUGUUAACACCCCCUUCAUGUUCUGCUUGAAGAUACCAGGCUCUGCAUCACCGGCCGAGGGUCUCGAGAUUAAAGGCCAGAUGGUAUUCUGUCCUGAGUCUGAUUCUCUGCUUUUUGUGGGGUCUCCGUUCCUGGAUGGAUUGGAAGGUCUUACAGGAAGAGGUCUCUUCAUAUCGGAUAUACCUCUCCACGAUGCAACCCGAGAUGUCAUACUUGUUGGAGAACAGGCACGGGCUCAGGACGGUUUACGGAGAAGAAUGGAUAAAUUAAAGAAUUCAAUAGAAGAAGCAAGUAAAGCAGUGGACAAGGAACGAGAGAAGAAUGUCAGUCUUCUCCAUCUUAUAUUCCCACCGCAUAUUGCUAAACGAUUAUGGUUAGGUGAGAAGAUAGAAGCGAAAAGCCAUGAUGAUGUCACGAUGCUAUUCAGCGAUAUUGUUGGCUUCACAUCCAUCUGUGCAACAGCGACCCCCAUGAUGGUCAUAGACAUGCUGGAGGAUUUAUAUUCUGUAUUCGACAUAUUCUGUGAAGAGUUGGAUGUAUAUAAGGUGGAAACUAUAGGCGAUGCCUAUUGCGUUGCUAGCGGUUUACAUAAGAAAAUAGAUACACAUGCGCCUCAAAUUGCAUGGAUGGCGUUACGUAUGGUUGAAACUUGUGCAGAACACCUCACACAUGAAGGGAAUCCCAUUAAGAUGCGUAUUGGUCUUCACACCGGGACAGUGUUAGCUGGUGUGGUCGGCAAAACAAUGCUGAAGUACUGCUUGUUCGGGCACAACGUUACACUCGCCAACAAGUUCGAAUCUGGCUCUGAACCAUUGAUGAUUAAUGUCAGUCCCACUACGUAUGAGUGGUUAAUAAAAUUCCCGGGGUUUGAGAUGGAGCCGAGGGAUAGAUCGUGCCUACCUAAUUCCUUCCCCAAGGAUAUACCGGGGACAUGUUACUUCCUACAUAAGUACAAACAUCCGGGUACAGACCCGGAGGCGUCGCAGGUUAAACAUAUACAAGAUGCCUUAAAGGAUUUCGGGAUCGGCCAAGCAAAACCUGGGGAUGUCGAUAGCGAGGAACCUACUUAG